AUGGCGCCUCCUCCUUCUCGCUCGGUGAGUCCCAUCUACGAAGCCCGUCAGGCACAUCGCGCCAUGCAAGAUACUUGGUCCGAAUAUUCUGCUGAUACACAAUGGUCCAGCACGUUCCCUACGCCGGCAACCCCCGCCCACGCUCGACCUGAUGGUCAUCCUGUGCGGGAUGGCAGUCUGCCACACUUUGACAACUCUCCGGCUGGUCAAGUCGCUGGACGGUUGCAUCGUGCUGCGGCAACGCCCUCUGUCAACCAUGCCCGCCCUGCCACUGCUGUCCCUGCUGCCGUUCCCCGCCCUGAUGCCAAGUCACGAAGAGUCAUCGAUUCGUCCUGGGGAGCUGUAUGCGAGGCGUCGAACCCCGAAUGGAUUCCGUUCGCCGAUGCUGCCGCUUCCCCUACCUUGAUGGAACGUAUCGAUGGCUUUGCGAUGGUCCUUCCCCUUUCUACAGCUGACAAGGCUGUGGACUCUGGCAUUGCCGCGGCCAGGCGGCUUGGUAGAGCAGUCUCCAGGCGUAUCGAUCGCAAGGAGACUCCUCAGCCCGUCUUGGAGCCCGUCAUUGGUGCACCGGAGAAUGUAAGGUUCGAAAACAAACCUGCAUUCACGACUGUACCUUUGGCUCAAGUUGCCACGAAUCCUGCUGCUGCUGCUCGUCGCCAUCAAAUAUGGCUCGGGACGCUUUCGCCUCUGCGACCAGCUCGCAGUCCUCCUGCCUCGCCUUCUGCUCCCGCUCGCCCUGCAACUGCCGUCUCUGCUGCUUUUCUUCGCGAUGGAAAUUCUCGGUACUCUCGCUACAACGAGCCUACCGAGAUGGCAAGUUCCCGGAGCAAGGCCGUUCCAACUGUGCCUCAUCGUCGUACGCCCGACACUCCCAAUGACCAACGCUAUCCAGCCGAGGCAUCCUAUCCAUCACCUGCCAACUCUAACCCGUCCAAAUCGCGUGCGUCUGCUGCCAAUAAGUCAAUCGACAUCGACGCUCUGGCUGAACAAGCUAUUCGUCAACAAGCAGCUCGCCAGAACUUCAAUGGGCGAUUCCGCACAAAUGGUGGUCCUGCUCCUGCUCCUGCUCCUAGCGACUCUUCGAGCGAAGAUGCGGCGGCUGCGGUGUGGAGGGAGAUGGAGUUGGAAUCGGGCAUUAGGAUGAGGGGCUGA